AUGAGGAGACAAGGGCAUAGGCAGCGUUACACUCAAACCUAUGGAGUGGAUUAUUGGGGGACCUUUGCUCUAUUGGCAAAGCUCAAUACUGGUGACCUCAAGGGGGAGAUUUACAUGGAUCUCCCUCAUGGUAUUCUUGUAACCUUUAAGGAGGGUGUUGUGUUUAAGCUGCGGAAGUCCUUGUAUGGAUUGAAGCAGUCUCCAAGAGCAUGGUUUAUGAGAGAGAUGGAAAUAGAAAGACCAGACUAG